UGAUACGGAGGAAAGUGGCUUUUCACUUUCCUCCUUGUUUGUAAGGUCUGUUUUGGGAUCUGGAGCCUGGAGAUUUCAAAGAGAUCUGGGAGGGAUGAAAUCUCCAAUCCUGGGACCAGGUUUUGGGAAUGACCAUUACACUGAUUGCACAGGUGUGUGCACGGCUCUUUUGUAGGGUCAGGACCAGAGUUCUGGGCUCCACCCCGGCAGCUAGGAGUCAGCAGGGCUCCACCCCGGCAGCUAGGAGUCAGCAGGGCUCCACCCCGGCAGACGGGAGGUCUCUGCCUUGGAGUCAGGUGGAAGCCAGACUAGCUGUGUGCUAGUGGCUAU